AUGGAAAGUACUUCCAGUGCUGGUAGUGAUGAUUCUCAUCGAGUAUGUGUCAUUCAUUUCGAGGGUAAAGACGGAGAGCUUAGAGAAUUAACAAGUGAAACCGUGAAUAGAAUUUUGGAAAGAAGAAAGGAGUGGUUAAGUCUGCCAUCCUCGUAUAAAGCCUUUACUGAAGUCCCCAAAAAGUCGUUCGAGUUUAUUCAUGAAACUGACGAUUUAAACCCGGAAAAUAUUGCGAAAACAUAUUGCUUUCAUCCUGCCUGUUAUCGAAGUUUUACAGACAAAAGUAAACUUGAUAGAGCCAAAACUACGUUGACUAAUGCUGCCGAUCGCAAGCGAGUGGCCGACGACAAUACUCAGACCAACUGUCCAAGACCAGAAAAAGUGACCCGAACUACUCGACAAUCUUUUCCUACUCGAUCAUCAAAUGUUUUGCCCGAGAUUUGUCUAAUAUGUAAACGGCAUGGGCCGAUCUACAUCACAGACAAGGUAUAUAGAGUUUUGCUUUAUCUUUUUAUGUGUUUUUGUAAUAUUAAUUUAUUUACUCCAAAGUAUUUUAAUGUCUCUAUAAAAACAUAGUACAGUAUGGUUAUCAGGCACGGCCACAGGAUUUGAGGGGCUGACCUGAACUUGCCCUAACCCCUAAUUUUUUUUCAGACACCAUAUACUUUUUGUAUAUAGAUCUGAUACUGGGGGGUUGUAUCGAGUUUCUGUUAUUUUCUCAUAUCCCCGCCAACAAAAUUCUGAUCAGAAACAAAUACUCAUAUUUGCAGGCAACGAAAAAACGUGUUAAACACGAGUUAUCAUUGGCUCAAACCGUGACGGCCGGAAGAUUAGAGAAGGCGGCAUUGUUAAGGAACGAUGAAAGCAUUCUCAUUCAUAUCCGUGGGAGAGACUAUGUUGCUAUUGAAGGCAGGUACCACAAACGAUGUUACCAGACGUACACGACAUGCCUUUUAAGAGAAAGGAAGAUCAUUGGUCCAACCUUGUAUGACAAAGCAUUUGAUAAGUUUUGUUUAGAAAUAAUCGAGAAGAGAAUCAUCAAGAAUAAAGAAGUUCUAUUACUUGGCAAUUUGUUAAAGAGAUUUACCUCCUGUGUACAAGAAAUUGAAAUGGUUGAUGUACCCUACAAAGCUUCUAGGCUUAGGAAGAGAAUUCAAACGCGUUAUCCAUACCUAGUUUUCCAUCGCUCGAAAACUAUGAAUAAAGGAACUCUGGUCUACGAUGAUAGCCUGACGGCAGGUGAUGUAGCGGAUGACAUGACGACAAUACAGAGUGAUUCUGAUACCGAAGAAGAUGAAGGAGAUGAUUACGAUAAUGACGGUGAAAACGACCACAGCAAACUCGGUGAAGAUGGUGAACACGAUGAUAAAGGAACGACACCUCCAAUGCCAAACUGUUCACUACAGAUAUUGUUGACUGUCGCCAUGGAAAUUAGAAAGCUUCUGAAUGAAUGUAAAGGAGUAGAUUCUGAUUGGCCGCCGACUCUCAUGACCUGA